CAGCCAGUAGAAAUAGAUAUGAUUGUAGGAAAAGACCGAGAGGGUUUCUUCACCAACGGUCUGACCCUUGGUGCAAAGAAGUGCUCUGUGAUCAGAGAUAGCCUGUAUGUUGAUGGUGACUGCACAAUGGACAUCAGGACAAAGAGUCAAGGUGGUGAGCCAACAUACAACGUUGCUGUAGGCAGAGCUGGCCGAGUCUUGGUCUUUGUAAUGGGCAAAGAAGGGGUCCAUGGAGGCGGAUUGAAUAAGAAGGCAUACUCAAUGGCAAAAUACUUGAGAGACUCUGGGUUCUAGUUGCUAGGCAGACUGUUAAGUACUAGGGGAAGAUUGCUAUUAAACUUUCCUGGCGGUGAGCUUUAAACCUUACAUUCUGGAAACUUUAUUAGCAAUGCAGGGUGAUGGGGUAUGAACCUGUGUCUCCUUUGUAUCCCUUUGUUGGUGGGGAAAGGUGUUAUUUUUUUUCUUUAAUUCUGUUCAUUUCUGUUUUGUUUCCUUGUGUACUCCAGCAUUGGUUAUAGUCAUGGGAAAGGAAGGUGUCCAUGGAGGGACACUCAACAAGAAAGCAUAUGAACUGGCUUUAUACCUGAGGAGGUCUGACGUCUAAGCAGCCUCUCCCCAUCCAGCUAGCAACUGUCUUCAUCACCACCCAGUUGUGUUCAGUGCUACCAGACUGUAGAUGGUAGUUUGUGUUUUUUAUUUACCCAUUUUCUAAUGUCAUAAUUCCAGUUACCCUUUGUUCAUUUGUAUGUUAACCACUGUGUGUAACCAAGUCCCAUAUCUGGCACCAUUACUGCACCACAAAGAUGAUAUGCAUGAUACCUUGAAAAACUAUUGGGAGGGGAAUAUGCCAAGUGUAGGCUUUGCUUUGUCUUAGCAAUUAGUGUGUAUUGACAACUAAAACAACUUAAAUACUAAACAAGGUGCCGAUUGUACAAUCUAAUUUGAUCGAUGCCUCUUCAGCACUUUGAGCAAUUACACAGCUCACUAGUCUUCCUUUCAUAGAGCAUGGUUGGGAGGAAAAAGUGCAUGCAUAUCUUUAUUUCUGUCCGUCUCCCCUCUUGUGUUUUUGUUGUUUUUUUUGUUUGUUUGUUUUUUUAAAUCCACGUUUGCUUACACCUAUUUUAAUAGUGCCUGGUUUGUUUAACCAAUUUGCCACUCAAAAGCUAUUAAUGUUAAAUUAGUUUUGUUGUUGCACUUCACCGUAGGUUUUAAGUCUCUCACUUUUUCUUCAUGAUGUCUGAAGCUUGUACUGCUUAAUAAGUGCAAUCGCAAAACUAUCAAAGGGUACAGAUGCACUUCCUCCCAUGACCUUACAGCCACCAUCCUGAAUGAAUCCCCAGGGACAUUCCAUCUUUGCAAUAGCUCAGGCACUUUUUUUUUUUUUUGCCAGCUCCUGUUCUGUAGUUGAAUUGUAAAAGGCUGCCAUUAUGGACAUUAGAUAUCCCAACAUAACCAUCUGGAGUGUGUCUGGUUUCAGUUUUUCAUAGGACCAAUUUUAAUUUGCAGCUUGGGUUUUUUUUUUUUUAAUUAAACUGCAAUGUCAUUGUGGAAAACUGCCACCUUCAGCUAUUCUGGGAGUGCUGACUGACUCCAGUCUUUCUGCCAGAUUACUUACUGGUUAAAGAGUUCUGCUGCUCUGAAGCCAUUAUUCAGAUGAAGGUUGGUAGUUUGAAAGCUAACCUGUCAAAAUGAUGCCAUUUCAAAUUCAAAAUCUUUAUUUGGCCUGUCACACCCUUGCUGCAGAAAUCAUGGAGUGAACUGCCUUGUGCACUAGUCAUUUGAAAUGUCUGUAACCAAACUCUCAGUUCAGGCACGGUACUAACUUGUAUGUCCAUUUAAAGAGAACUGCAGAACUCUGUAUACAAAAGAUUAAAUGGGAGAUGGUAUUGGUUGGAAUAACUGACAUGGCUGUCUUGUGAUGAAUUUUUUAAUAUGUAUUCUGUGCCAUACUAUUGUUUAAAAAAAAAAUGAACUGUUGCUAUUGUGAGAUGGAUUUUAACUGACUACAAGGGUUUCUUUUGAAUGGCACUACUUUAGGGACAUUCUAGUAUUUGCUUCUAUUGUUGGGCCUUGUGGAUAAUGUACAGAUUUAAACAAAUUCCUGUUGCUGAUUUGUCCAUUUCUUUCCCUGCACUUUGUUACAUCUGGGAUACAGUCUAACUCAUCUGAUUUAAUAUGCAUUUCAAAAAAUGCCAUAACUAUUAAAAACACCUUGUUUACAGACAGAUGAAAUAAAUUUAUUCCAACCAAACAAAA